AUGCACGCGCUGCUCCCUUGGGCUAUACGCGCCCCCGUCGUCGCCUCCGAGGCCAGCGAGGGCCGCGAGGGCGGGCUGCCCGCGCUGCUUCCGUUCCUCGGGUGCUCGGCGUCGUGGCCCAUCUCCGGCCGGGCGUGGCACGGUGCAGGGCAGCGGGUGGCCCCCCCCCCAGUGGGGUGCCAGCAUCUUCCUUGGUGCCCAGCUGCCUGCUGCAAGUCCCGCCUGCGCGCCAGCGCAGCCGCGCAGCGUGAGGGAGGCGUGCUCGGAUCCGCUCGCCGGAGCAUCUCUGGGGCCGCUGGGAGGCCUCUCGGGCGCCUUUCGGGGGAGCGUAAGACCCUGGUUUGCCAGGACUCGGGUUCGCCAUCGUUUUUGUUGACGACCGCGAUUCGGAUUUUGACGAGUGGGAGUUUCGUGGGAUCUCUGCAGCGGGAG